AUGUGCGAGCACAAUCUGCUAAAUUCAGGCUAUGUCGGCUCCCUGUUAAAUUUUACCAGUCCGGAGCCCUUCUACUUCGCCAACCUGCGUCCGAAUGGGACUCAACUGGCAACUCUGUCGCCAGCACUCUCCUAUACCCGCAGGGAGGUGUGCUCGCUCCCGUGGACUUCGAGUCCAUGCGCAUCGCCGCCGCAGAGCCGCGCCUUUAGCGGCUACUCUCAGUCCUACCUCAGCAACUCAGUCUCCAUCAGCAUCAAUAAGCAUGGAUCAGACAAGGCAGCAGCCGGCGAAGAGCCUAACAAAUACUACUUCCAAGACAGCAGCCGGAAACUGGAGGAGAGAUGCAGACACACUCAGUCUUAUCCAAGUGAUAACAGCAUCCCCUCUUCAGUCAACAUCAAUCCUGCCAAGUACGAGUACCCAAACGUGGAAACAUCUCUGCAUGGCUCGUCAUUACAUAACCAAGGCUUUGAAUUGAAUUCCAACUCUCCCACUGUAAAUGAUGGCAUCAAGCAAAGUGUGAGCCUCAGUAUGUCAUUACAGUCACCAGUAACUCCAGUAUGCAACAGAUCCUCCGAUGGUCUGCCCUGGUGUCCGUCCCAAGUGAGGUCAAGGAGGAAACGCAAGCCGUACACAAAACAGCAAAUAGCUGAACUUGAAAAUGAAUUUCUUGCGAACGAGUUUAUCAAUCGCCAGAAGAGAAAAGAGUUGUCCGAUAGACUGAACCUGAGCGACCAACAAGUAAAAAUCUGGUUUCAAAACCGGCGUAUGAAAAAGAAAAGGCUCGUCAUGCGCGAACAAACACUCUCACUCUUUUAG